GAGAGAGUAGUAACGCUGCGUAUGCGCUGCUAAUGAUACGCACAGCAAUACGCCAAGGCGUGGAGGGCGACAUGAUUGACCGAUAGUGGCGGAUAAGCGUCGAUUGUCUCGCUGUAACAUGCGGCGUGCGGCGGACUGCGCAGCUCUGUAGCAUCUCUGCAUCUCUCCGGCUGGAGGACAUGGAUAUCCGCACUCUCGGCGGAGGGAUUACAGCGGGAAUAUUAACCUGAAAAUGAUUUUAUGGAGGAGACUAAAGGAGCUCUAUUAAAAUGACACGCACCGAUCCACCCAACAUACUGGAUUCUACUGUGUAUCAAUCUGUUAAAGUGAAUUCUAUCUCGAACCAAUCCAAGUCUGAUUAUUCCUCUAAACAAUGUAAUUCAACAUGCAUUAACACACUGGAGAACACCCAGAAAAGCAAAAAAAGGCACUGCCAUAUAUUUUAUACUGAGUCUCCAGAUAAGCCCAAAUAUAACACGAUCGACAUGGACUACUCAAAUCGAAGGGCUGACAGAUAUGCGGCCAACCCAGAAGUUGCCUGGAACGCCUUAGGCCACCAACAAGGACAUGCAGUCCACCGCUUUUCCUCUCCAGACAUCUACAAUGUUAGACUGACACCGCAGCCUAUGACUGCAGAAAUGACCGGUGAGGUUGCUGUGACCGAACACAAGAGGAGGACCAGAUCAAGAAGUGCUCCAAGAGCCCAGACUAAUCUCACUCCUGUAAUGAUUGAAAAUUCCCCUCCAGUGGCAAGAAGGGGUAGAGAAGCUCAGAGGUCUCCAAGACAGCCUCAGUGGAAGCCAGAGGUAUCUCCAAGAAGGGAGUCCUCCUAUGCAGCAACUCGGGCACUAAUCAAUGAGGUACAUCCCAUCAAACUACAGCCGCAGAGGACUGAUACCAGCAGGUACUCUCCUGUCUAUGUUCCUGAAGGCUUAGAGGAGGGAAGGCCUGACAAACCUGCCACUAGUCCUCAUGUCCGAUGCAGAGUGGACAUUAAGCCUGAUGAAGCAGCUUUGCAACAACGUGGGCAAAAGUCAUCCACUACGAGGGCGGACGUACAGUGGCAAAGGUAUUCCAGUAGCGGCAGUCGGAGUCUUACGGUACCUCGCCACUAUUCAGCCUCCAGAACACCGACACCCACUGAAUCUUUCACAGGUGAAUACAGGGCUACUUACCAGUAUUCCCAAAGUAUGCCAAACAGUUACAUGCUGCCAAUGGAGACCCCAGUUCAAAGGAUGCCUUCUCAACGGGAGUCGAAGGAACAGUACGGAAGGGAACGAAGGGCUCACUCAAGCCCCAAUGUGCCAACUAAAUUCUUCUAUGCAGAGGAUUUGGGGAAGUAUGGAUCUUCAGCUCCUUCAAGAACUUACUAUCAGGAUGACCGCUACAGCAUUCCGAGCCAUGCCUAUUCUCCCAAAGUACACUACGUCCAAGAUCCAAGGACACGCGUGGUUCACACUGUACCAACCAGGCCAUAUUACACAGAAACAGACGUUUACCAAUACCCUGCAGCUGUGUACCCAAAAUCUUACAGCGCAAAUGAACCUGGACCGUACAUAAUCCAGACACCCCCGGCAAGAACUUUCUAUGGAGAUGAUCCAAGGACAUAUCAGAUUCAAACAGCUCCCCCAAGGAUUUUCUACAUGGGUGAUCCGUAUGUGGCACCAAUGGAGCAUCACCUUCCAGCGAGGGCAUACUACACAGAGGGGCGGCGUCACGCUCGUGUCGUUCAACCGCAACCGGAUGACUGGUAUGGCUCAGAUGUGUCUGGCUACUCCACACACUAUACCUCUUCAUACACCUCGCAGAUUACACCAACAAGAGUUAGGCAAGAGCCCGUGUCUGCACCAUGGUACACCAAUCCAUGUAUGGAGCCAACAAGGGCAGUAACUGAUCCAAGGCCGUACUCCAGGUCUUGGGAUAACAUUCUGAACACUCAUGUCGAGAGGGAACAACCCGUGCCUCGUGGAAAAAGCGAUGAGAACCUCCUCUGUCAGGGGAAACAAACUUUGUCAAGUAACGACAGGCCAAAGCCAGUAGUUGUUAACCUUUCAAGUUCCCCUAGGCGCUAUGCAGCUCUGUCCUUGUCUGAGAGUUCCUUAAUAGACAAAAGCCCAACAGAUGCACGGAGCACCUCAAGCAAACAAUGGGUGGUCACCCCUGAGAUCACGAUCACAGACAACGAUAUCAAACCUGGCAAGGCUAGUAAAGCAGAGGCACGCUCUGCCAGUUGGGAUGCACUGGAUUCGAAAAGUGGUCCAGACGAAGAUGCUGCUUCCUUUUCUAUGGAAUCAGCAAAAGAGAAGAAAACGCACCACAGCACCUCGCUCCAGCAGAGUUUAGAACAGCUUGAUGAGCUUUUAGCUGACCUUGUCAUCGAUUACAAACCACCCAGUAGCAGAAGGCCUAGCGAAAACCUGCUGGAUCAACUCAAGAAGCUUAUUGAUGAAGAAGAGGCCGCAUCUUCAGGAAGAAAGGAUUCCAAAGCAGGAUCUGAGAGCAGCAUGCCACUUGACAAACAACCCACUUCCAUAAAAAUAGACCCUGACUCCCUGAGAGACACAGAGAGUUGCGAUGGACGUCGAAGUACAGAGGAGUGCUCUCCUGACCAGAGCCCGGAUGAGGAUGACACAAUGAUGUGUUCCAACAACAAAUGUCGUCGAACGGAGACGUUGUUUAACGCCUGUCUCUACUUCAAAUCCUGCCACAGCUGCUACACGUACUACUGCUCUCGGAACUGCCGCAGGGAAGACUGGGACAUUCAUAAAGAAAGCUGCCUCUAUGGACGUACUGGCAGCGUGUGUCGCCACAUCAUUAAGUACUGUCGUGAGACUGCGGAGGUUCACAAAGCUUUCUCUCGCAUAGCCAAAGUUGGAUAUCUGUCUCGAGGAAGAGGUGUCCUCUUUUUGGGAUUUCCAAACCCGGGCUCUUCAACGAACUUCCUUCACUUUGGUCUGGAAAGCCUGCUCAUGUCUCCAACGUACCUGUCGUUACGUGAACUAGAUGGAUUCAGGGAUAAUCUUGGGGAGUACUGUAAGGAGCUCCAGGAGGCGGGUAAGGAAUAUGACCCCAACGAAUGUUUUCUCUUGAAUGUAUCCAUUGCUGUUGGUGAUCAAGUGCCUGACGGACCAUCGCCGAGGGUCCAAGCCCCAACCGUCAGGAAGUACGCCAAGGUCGCUUUAGCUUCAUACAGCCCAGAGAGGAAGGUUCAUAAGAAAGAGAGCGAUAUGGAGACCCUGAUUCUUACUCCACCACCAGGCACAGCUGACAUCGACAAGGAAGGCGAGGAGGGGAGGAAGGCGAGAGAGAUUUGUUUCAUCAACAUUCAACGGGAGCUAAGGAUUCGUGGGGUGUUUCUUCGCCACGAGUACCCCCAAGUGUAUCAGAAACUAUGUGAAUUUGUGGAGAGCAACAGGAGGUUCACCCCAACCACUAUUUACCCUAUUGACAAGAGAACUGGCAAGCAGUUCAUGUGCAUGAUAAUGGCAGCUUCUGAGCCAAGGACUUUGGACUGGGUAGCCACCCCUCAUCUUCUAGAUGAUAUUAUUUAAAUAAGUGCACCUUUUUUAUGUACAUAUAUAUGUAUAGAAAUCCAGAUAUACAUAUAUAUUGUUAUACAGUACAUAUCUAUAUAUCAAGCAUAUUUAUUAUAAAUGUUUAUAGUUAUGUAUUUUGUUAAUGGAGAAAAAAAAGAUGCAUUCAUGUCUCUAAGGCCAGUAUUAUUUGUUGUUAUAAUAACGAGAGGAAAAAAAACAAGAUUAUUUACUGAUGUUUUGGUAUUUGUGUUAUAUUUUGCUUUGUAUUAUUUUUACUGUAUUUGUCCACUUUUUUAUUAUUAUUAUUUUUGUCAGCACUGCUCUACUCAUUCCUGAUAUUCCUUCACUUUCUCGUCAGUGGAUCAAAAGGAGAAAUAUAAAAAAAAAUGUAAAGAUAAUCAUAUUUAUUUUGGCAAACUACUGUAUUUAAUUAAAAGACUAUUUGGUUCUAUGCAAGCAUUAUCAACAUCCUCCCUCAAAAAAUAGUUUGAGUACAAAAGAUAUAACAUAUAUUUAGUGUAUAUAUUAUUAUACUAUAGCAUAUUAUAGCAUAUUAUAUAUUGUGUAAGAGUGUGUAAGAGAUCUUUAUGAGUGUCACAAAACAACGAUGGAGAAAAAGGAAAAGGAAAACAGCAUACAAAAACAAACCUUGGAUUUUCUGGCUUAUUAAAAUGUGAAAUAUAGGAAAUUAAUUAUUAAAAAUGGAAGAUGAUUUUAAUCGGUUUAGAAUUGAAUGGAAAGGAAACUCUGAAUAUUAAAUAUAGUGCUGUAAUGCUACAGUUUCUGCAAACAGUGGUUUUCAGUCCCAGUCUUGGAUAUCCUGCACUGUCCAUGUUUUUAAUUAUUUUAAUUAUUUUAUAUAUAUUUUUUUUAAACAAAGGAAGUGUGCGUGGAGUUCCCAGGACUGGGAAUUCUAGAAAGCCACAAAAAUGAUUUACUUCAUGUAGUUCUCCAAGAAAUUCAGUCAUUGGUGCUUUUGUGUAUGUUUGGUAGAAUAACUUGAGCAAUAAAGAACUUAAACACAGUUUAACUAAAAAAAAAAUUAUAUAUAUGAAAAAAAAAGUAUAUAUAUUGGUUGUAUGGUAUCCGUUGUGCCAUACGUUAGGUAUGAUACCUGUGCUGUUCCAUUUGAAACACUGUGAACUACUGAAUCUCUCUUAUGCUUGUCAUGACUAUAAUGCCCUUGUAAUCAGUCACAACAUUUGGAGAUAUAUAUUAAAUAUAUUGUAUGAUUAUGAUGGGCAUGUGAUGAACAGCUGCUAUAGUUUUGUCUCUAGAGUUAUGUGAUUGAUGGGGUGUGUCUCAGUAGCUGUAUGGUAUGUUGUUGAAUACAGCUGGGAAAGAUAAAGAUAAUGUGUUCUUAUAUCAGAUUUGUACCACGAGAGCUUAUGAUCCAAAGGGGAAAAAUCAAAAAUUUAGUAAAGAAACAUGUUUAUUAUCGUAGUUCAAUUCAAACAUGCCUUAAAAGGCAUACGAAGCCUUUGCCCAUCUAUACAAGAAAUAGUUACUGUGACACCAAGAAUAAAAUCUUGUAGGUAUAGUUUUUGCCAGCACUGCAUGGCCUAAUUUUUACUGUUUUUUUUUUUAUUUUAUUUAUUUUGUCCCAGAGAUACUAUAUAAAAAAUCCAUAUCAGUGCUCGCAGCUGCUGCUGACACUGGUUUCUUAUGGGAUGCUCAAUAAACUGCCUAAUAAGCUAAUCAGCAGAUUCUGAAACUGAUCAAGGCUCAUUAUUAACAACAGACCUAGAACAAAGACAUUUUGUAUUUUUGUCACAAAAAAUCUGACGUUCUCUGUCCUCCUUAAAUGUGUAGUGAGUGCAUUCCUAGACGGAUAGAUUGGGACCUUGUUAAAUGUACAAGGUCAUUUGUAGGACUUGUAAAAUAUGGCUGGCUUAUACAGACUGUAAGAUGUAAACUGUUUUAUCGAGCAGUGUACACACUGUAACCUUUUACCUGUUUACUUUCUAUUUUUUUAAUCUUCUUUAAAAUUUUUUAUGUAUUUUAAUGAAACAAAUAUGAUGUUAAGCAUUAUUUUGGCCGAUUUAGGAAAGCCUGGCAUUGUCACUAUCCAAAAAAAAAAACAGACCAGAGAUUAAACAAAAAAACAUUUAUAUCAGAAUCAAUUUAUUCAAAACUUAAUUUUUACUGAAUAAAACUAUUGACCAUAUUUACAAUUUGCGUCUGCUAUUUGUAUGGAUCGAUUUUGUUGCAGUUUUCAUAUAUUUUUAUCAUACGGCAUAUUGCCAUUUUUUCUUAAGCAUAUCAACAUAUGAGUCAUACUUCCCAGCCCUAGUUCCCUCAUGUUCUUUUGUUUUGGUCCACAAUUUAAUUUUUCAUUUUUUCUACACAAUUUAAAUACAGACAGCUACUGUAUUUAAAUGAAGCCGAAAAAUGUAAUGAAAAAUAUUUUUUGGAUAGUGACAAUGUAUUAAACAUAUUUAUUAAUGCUCCCACUCCAAGUUUAUUUAGUGUAUACUUUUAAGAGUAUCCGAUUCCUUACCAAAUAUUUAAGAUUUUAAAAUAAUAUUUUAAUGCCUAUAUGUUUUAGUGUCCCGUUUAAGUUUAUAAAAAGGAAGAAUAAUAAUUAUAUUUGCAUUUUUACCCAAUUAAAACAGAAAUCCAGUGUGAAAAGGACUUGGGGUGUAGUGAAACAUGAUAACGAGUACAAACGUUUGUCGCAUAGCCCACCUCUUGUCAUCCCCAGCAUUCAUUCCCAAGUCAAUUUUACACCAGAUUUCUCCUUUAGGCUCUUUAGCACUAUUGUCCUUUAUUAGUGUUUUGAUCACAUGUAGGUUAAUCUGUAAGAAUACUUUAGCACAACUCCUGUGUAUGUUGAACAAAUUCUAUAUCUAAAUAUCAGAUUUACAUGAUUUUCACUUGCCAGGUGUGUCCACAAACACUCAUUAUUAAAAAAAUAAUGUGAACUUCUGUUUUUUAAUUUUUAUUUUAAAUUGUUAUUAUCUAGAUGUGUUAGAACACAAUAGGCUACUAUAGGCUACUGUAGCUUCACUGAUUAUAUAUACAGGUCUGGAAAAAAAUACCUGAAUCAGUUUCUCUGAUUUUACUAUUUAUAGGUAUAUGUUUGAGUUAAAUGAACACGUUGUUUUAUUCUAUAAACUAUGGAUAACAUUUCUCCCAAAUUCCAAAUAAAAAUAUUGUCAUUUAGAGCAUUUAUUUGGAGAAAAUGAGAAAUGUCUAAAAUAACAAAAAAAGAUGCAGAGCUUUCAGACCUCAAAUAAUGUAAAGAAAACAGGUUCAUAUUCAUAAAAUUUAAGAGUUCAGAAAUCAAUAUUUGGUGGAAUAACCCUGUUUUUUUAAUCCCAGUUUUCAUGCAUCUUGGCAUGUUCUCCUCCACCAGUCUGACACACUGCUUUUGGAUAACUUUAUGCCACUCCAGGUGCAAACAUCUAAGCAGUUCUGCUUGGUUUGAUGGCUGUGAUCAUCCAUCUUCCUCUUGAUUAUAUUCCAGAGGUUUUCAAUUUGGUAAAAUCAAUCAGAGAACAAUUGAUUUUAUUUUUAAGAGAGUAUUUUUUUUUUUGGAGACACCUGGAGUCAAUAAAAUCAUGUACAUUUGAUUUUUAGUUGAACUAAUUAAUCUGAAGAAAACUGUUAAAGCACAUGGUCCAGAUGUUAUUGUGUGGCAUAUAAAGGGUAACAAGAAAGAAACGACUGCAUGUGUUUUUUUCUAUUAAACAAACAUAAUUAUGAUAACCUGCUUGAUUAUUUGAUAUUAUAUUGAAAAUAUACUGAUGAAAGUACAGCUGCCCUCAGAAUCACUGGAACAGUCAAGUCAAAAUUGCUAUUUCUGUUCAAGGUGAACUUUGGUUUAAAGAUAUACAAAAUAUAAAAUAAAAAAAAUCUUUAUUAAAGAGCAGGCUAAUAUGCCAAAGAGAAAAAAGAAAAAAAAAUCCUUCCUUUAUAAAAGGAUACCUGAACAACAAAAUUUAAGGUGUGACAUUUUUAAGUUAUUUGAAAAAAAAAAAAAAAAAACAUUAAAAUACAUAAUUGUUGAUUGGCCUGGCAUAGUAGUCACAUGACCAACACAAGUCAUAAAGGAUAAGCUAGUUGUAUUAUUAUUGGUGCAUUCUUGUUAUGCUGCAUUUGUUUAGAUUGGAUUUGUCCAUUUCUUUAUUUUAUUUAAGUAACUAAAGUUUGCAGAAAUGGAACUAAUUAUCUUUUUUUUUAAUUAAACAUUACUCAGAAAUCAUUUUCUAUUUUUUUUCAUAAUUCAUGUAUAUUAGUUAUUCAGAACAAUGAAGCUAAUGCCCCAGACUACCCAUUGGUAGAGGGGAACAUUCUGUACCUCAUAUUCAGAUAUUUAUCUUACAUUUACAAAAAAUACAAAAAUAACAAUUUUGCCUACACUGUAUCCAGUAAUUGUGGAGGGUAUGUUAAAUAGACUGAAUUUCUAUAUAUAAAGGUAUAUAAAGAUCAUAUAAAUAUCAUUGUGUCAGAUGUUAAGAAAAAAAUGAGAGGAUGUUAUAUUAAAAAAAAGAAAAAUAAGAGUGUAUCUGUAAUCAUGGUUUCUAUUUUUUCUAUUGGCAUCACUGAGUUCCAUAAUAAACUGAUGAAGAAGAAAGACUGAGCUGAAGAGAUAUUCUUUGUAUGUGUUUCUAUGUCUCUGUGCAGGUCUGCUGUAAAAUACACUGAGGCCUCAAAAAAAUAUUUCUGUAAGAAAUUACAUUUGCUGAUCAUUGCUAAUAAAAACCCAUAAUAAAGCAUCCAGAUGUUCUCUUCA